GAGCAGAGGCAGCCAAGAUGCUGAAGCGGCUGCAGCAGCUGCUGCUGGCACUGUCCCUCCUGGCUAGUCUGGUGUACUCGGCCCCUCGCCCAGCCAGUCAGCGAGUGGGCAUCGUGGGAGGACACGAGGCUUCUGAGAGUAAGUGGCCCUGGCAGGUGAGCCUGAGAUUUAAAUUAAACUACUGGAUACAUUUCUGCGGAGGCUCUCUCAUCCACCCACAGUGGGUGCUCACUGCGGCACACUGUGUGGGACCGCACAUCAAAAGCCCACAGCUCUUCCGGGUGCAGCUUCGUGAGCAGUAUCUAUACUAUGGGGACCAGCUCCUCUCUUUGAACCGGAUCGUGGUGCACCCCCACUAUUACACGGCCGAGGGUGGGGCAGACAUUGCCCUGCUGGAGCUUGAAGUCCCUGUGAAUGUCUCCACCCAUAUCCACCCCAUAUCCCUGCCCCCUGCCUCGGAGACCUUCCCCCCAGGGACAUCGUGCUGGGUGACAGGCUGGGGCGACAUUGAUAAUGACGAACCUCUCCCACCUCCUUAUCCUCUGAAGCAAGUGAAGGUCCCCAUCGUGGAAAACAGCCUGUGUGACCGGAAGUACCACACUGGCCUCUACACGGGAGAUGAUUUUCCCAUUAUCCAUGAUGGCAUGCUGUGUGCUGGAAAUACCAGGAGAGACUCCUGCCAGGGCGAUUCAGGGGGGCCACUGGUCUGCAAAGUGAAGGGUACCUGGCUGCAGGCAGGAGUGGUCAGCUGGGGUGAGGGUUGCGCACAGCCCAACAAGCCUGGCAUCUACACCCGGGUGACAUACUACUUGGACUGGAUCCACCGCUAUGUCCCUGAGCAUUCCUGAGACCCAUCCAGGGUCAGGCAAGAACCAGGGCCGUGCUGUCUUUAACUCACUGCUUCCUGGUCAGGUGGAACCCUUGCCUUCCUUGUUCUCUGUCUCCCCUGUCUACUAGGUGUCCCUCUGAGCCCCCCAACCCCCAGUUCCAUCUUGAGUCCCUAGCCACUCCGGUCCCCUCUUGCCUCCCACCACAUAAUAGUUGCAUUGUGUGGCUCCCUCUCUUCUGUGGCUCAUUAAAGUACUUGAAAACA